CUUUACAUCCGUCCUCCCCGCCUCGCAGAGUUGGGAGAAGGAAGGCUGGGGGGGUGUGGAAAAAUAAAGGAAAAGUCCUUGCACCAUGUAGAUCAGCGCCCCCCACCCUGGCACCCCGGCCGGCCGGGGACCUCCCAGUCUGCGCCAUGAACGCGAGCGGCGAGGGCGAAAGCUUCCCGGGCUCGGUGCAAAUUCCAGGUGGCACAACUGUGCUGGUCGAGCUGACUCCCGACAUCCACAUCUGUGGCAUCUGCAAGCAGCAGUUUAACAACCUGGAUGCCUUUGUAGCUCACAAGCAAAGUGGCUGCCAGCUGACCAGCACAUCCGGAGCAGCCCCCAGCACCGUCCAGUUUGUAUCGGAGGAAACAGUGCCUGCCACCCAGACGCAGACCACCACCAGAACCAUCACCUCGGAGACCCAGACGAUCACAGUUUCAGCUCCUGAAUUCGUUUUCGAACAUGGCUAUCAAACUUACCUGCCCACGGAAAGUAACGAAAACCAGACAGCCACGGUCAUCUCUCUCCCUGCCAAGUCACGUACCAAGAAGCCUGCGACCCCACCUGCUCAGAAAAGGCUUAACUGUUGCUAUCCAGGUUGUCAGUUCAAGACUGCCUAUGGCAUGAAGGACAUGGAGCGUCAUUUAAAAAUUCACACGGGGGACGCCCCCUUCCAGUGCUGGCUCUGUAGCGCCAAGUUCAAAAUCAGCUCGGACUUGAAAAGGCACAUGCGGGUGCACUCCGGGGAGAAGCCUUUCAAGUGCGAGUUCUGCAAUGUCCGCUGCACCAUGAAGGGGAACCUCAAGUCGCACAUCCGCAUCAAGCACAGCGGGAAUAACUUCAAGUGUCCGCACUGCGACUUCCUGGGUGACAGCAAAGCCACCCUCCGGAAGCACAGCCGCGUGCACCAGUCGGAGCACCCCGAGAAGUGCUCGGAGUGCAGCUACUCGUGCUCCAGCAAGGCCGCCCUGCGCAUCCACGCGCGCAUCCACUGCACCGACCGCCCCUUCAAGUGCGGCUACUGCAGCUUCGACACCAAGCAGCCCAGCAACCUGAGCAAGCACAUGAAGAAGUUCCACGGGGACAUGGUCAAGACCGAGGCCCUGGAGAGGAAAGACACGAGCCGGCAGAGCAGCCGGCAGGUGGCCAAACUGGACGCCAAGAAGACUUUUCACUGUGAUAUAUGCGAGGCCUCGUUCAUGCGGGAGGAUUCGCUCCGCAGCCACAAGAGACAGCACAGUGAGUACAGUGAGAGUAAGAGCUCGGACGUGACCGUCCUGCAGUUUCAGAUCGACCCCAGCAAGCAGCCCGCGGCGCCGCUCACCGUGGGCCACCUGCAGGUGCCCCUCCAGCCCAGCCAGGUGCCCCAGUUCGGCGAGGGGAGGGUCAAAAUCAUCGUGGGGCACCAGGUGCCCCAGGCAAACACUAUUGUCCAGGCCGCCGCAGCCGCGGUGAACAUCGUGCCGCCUGCCUUGGUGGCCCAGAACCCGGAGGAGCUCCCAGGGGGCGGCCGGCUGCAGAUCUUGCGCCAGGUCAGCCUGAUCGCCCCUCCUCAGUCCUCGGGGUGUCCGAGCGAGGCAGGCGCCAUGACGCAGCCGGCUGUGCUGCUGACCGCUCACGACCAGACGGACGGAGCCGCUCUGCACCAGACUCUGAUCCCCACGGCGCCCGGCGGCCCCCAGGAGGGCUCCGGCAACCAGACUUUCAUCGCCAGUUCGGGCAUUACUUGCACUGACUUCGAAGGCCUUAACGCUUUGAUUCAGGAGGGGGCGGCCGAAGUGACCGUGGUGAGCGAUGGAGGUCAGAACAUCGCAGUGGCCACCACGGCCCCACCUAUAUUCUCCUCCUCUUCCCAGCAGGAGCUACCCAAGCAGACGUUCUCCAUCAUUCAAGGCGCAGCGCACCCCGCCCUGCUCUGUCCGGCUGACUCCAUCCCAGAUUAG